AGCGCCUCUUCGAAAAGCAUCAUCAUCACCAACCACGACACACCCAAGACAAACAGGCGUCGCGUGCCCACCCGCAACUUUUCCUUGUUUGCCCAUGGACGUGGACAGCGAUAAUGACUUGCUCAGCAAGACCGCCGCUGGAGAGCUCGUCGAGUCGUACGUGGCGCCUCAUCGCACCUCAUCCAUCCAUCCAACACAGACAGCCCGAUGGCAGCUCUGAUUGUGCUUUUGCUAAUCUUGCUUUUUUGUUUUUUCUUUCCAGAGAAGCAUGGCCGGCCUUGCGCGACGAGAUCCUUUCGCGGCUAGAUAAGAUCGCACGCGACGAGUUUCCCAUACCCAGGCUUCCUCCUCCUCUGCCGCGCCCCCAGCUGCUGGACACAAGAGUGCUCUCCCCGCUAUCAUCACCGCCUGCCGAGCGGUCGUUUGAAGAUGCCAACAAGGAGAAUGCGCCUGCGGGCGAUCAACCGCCAUCCGCAGCCGAAACAGAACCCGUCGCUGCGUCUCAGCCGCCGCCACCAGCACCAGCACCGUCCUCGCCACAAUCCCCAUCACGAACCCAGGAGCAGUCCGAUGUGCUGCCGAAACAGCUGGCAGACAUGGUCAACGAGAUCAAGAGCCACAUUGGGAGCUUCAAGUCAUAUCCACCACACACAAUCCAGAGAAUCGCAGAGCUCAUUCAGCACCCGCGCGCGCACUACAAGGCUUUGGCGUCGUAUCUGCAUGCCCUAGACAGAGUAUCGGCCGUGACGUCGGGAACGAAUACGUAUCCGCUGCCGCCGCCGAUUCCCGACAUGUCAGCGAUGCAGCUCAAUGGAGAUGAGCCCAACGAUCCGGCCAUGGCUGUCUCUUGGAGCAACCCGACUUCCGCGGCGGUUGGGUCUGAUGAAGCCCUGGGAGGGGCACUGUUGACUCCCAUUCCGUGGUUAACGAGGGGCACGCCUCCUGAUAGCGCUAUUGAGACACCAGUCGGUGCGCAGAUUCACAGUGAAAGCACCGAGACCAUCGAAGGACCUAAUGGAGUGGGCAGCAUCGAGACUGUUUCCGUGAGCAUCAACGGUGUACCAUCUAUCGGGCAUUCCAGGGGCGUCACGCAGGGCGAGCUUCUCAGGCAGGAGCAGAGAGCUGGUAUCGUCCCCGUCACUCAGCUCACUAAACCCCAUGAUGCGAUGGGCGAAAGUGAGCAAUCCGAGGCGUCAGAAGACCAGCCCAUGGGUGACGACGAUGAGGAAGAGGCCCCCCACGCGAGAGGCCCGGACGAAAUUGGGGUUGGCGACACGGGCCCUCAGUCUGAAACGACAAGUCUCAUGGGAGAGGACGGCGUUGAGAUGGAGGGCAUCGAUCUCGAAGCUGCGGUGGGCCGGAAACACGUAGAUGAGAAAGACGCAUCUUCCGCGGCGGGAGAGAAAAGCACAGCCGACGAGACUACUUUGUCUGAACGGGCAAAGAGCCCCAGCGCCGAGAGCGUAAGCUCUAAGCGCGAGGCAGAAGAUGAUUUAGAGGAAGACGUCGUGGCGAAGAAAGUCAAGGAGGACCCGAGCGGUGAUGGGGAUACACAAAUGUCUUUGUCAUCGGAAAAGGCGCCAGACUCUGAAGAACAGAAGGACGAGAGCGAAAGCAAAGAGGGCGAAGCCAAGAAUGAUGACUCUGUGGACAAGGACGCCUAAAGGGGCACACACACAUAGAGAGGGAGAGUUAUAUCUAUGGCGUUGUCUCUUACCACCGUUUCUUCCACGGCCCCCUCCCCCUCCGUCUGGCUAUACGUUUCCCAUCUUUGAUAUGCGCUGACUGAGUGUCAAAGAUAGAAGCAGCAGCAUUCAUCCAUGCUUGUGU